AUGGCAAGCUUCUCUGCGUCGAAGACCUUCACUGCACUUUCAGAUCUCCAUCCCAACAUGGCUAAUCUGAAACUAAUCGGUAUAGUUAUUGGGAAAACGGAUGUCAAAGGCUUUCCAGACAGAAAAAAUAUUGGAUCGGAAAGGUACACUUUGAGUUUCACCGUGCGGGAUUCCCCGGCCCAUUUUGUAAAUGUAGCAUCCUGGGGCAGCGAAGAUUACAUCAGGUCGCUUUCUGACAGCUUCAGGGUUGGCGAGUGCCUGAUCAUUGAAAAUCCGCUGGUCCAAAGAAAGGAAAUGGAAAGAGAAGAAAAAUUCAGCCCUGCAACUCCUGGCAACUGUAAACUCUUGCUCAGUGAGAAUCAUUCAAUGGUAAAAGUCUGUUCCAGUUAUGAAGUGGAUACCAAGCUACUUUCUUUGAUAUACUUACCUGUGAAAGAGUCUCAUGAUUAUUAUUCACUGGGUGACAUUGUUGCAAAUGGACAAAAUCUCGAUGGGAGGAUUAUUAAUGUGCUCGCAGCAGUGAGGUCGGUUGGAGAGCCAAAAUACUUUACGACUUCAGACCGAAGAAAAGGCCAGAGGUGUGAAGUGAAACUCUAUGAUGAAACAGAGUCUUCUUUUGCAAUGAUAUGUUGGGAUCGUGAAUCUACUCUACUUGCACAGAGCUGGGCGCCACGAGAAACAGUAAUAUUUGCCUCAGAUGUAAGAAUAAGUUUUGACAAAUUUCGGAACUGCAUGACGGCAACUGUAAUCUCAAAAACCAUUAUUACAACUAAUCCAGAUACGCCAGAAGCUAAUAUCCUACUGAACUUCAUAAGAGAAAAUACAGAGACAGGUGCUCCAGAUAAUGAAAUAGACAGUUAUUUGAAAGAAUCCAUAAAUUUAAAUACAAUAGUUGAUGUCUAUACAGUGAAGCAAUUAAAGGUGAAAGCUUUGAAGAAGGAAGGAAAAGCAGAUCCUUUCUAUGGCAUUCUUUACGCUUACAUUUCUACACUGAGCAUCGAUGACGAAACAACAAAAGUAGUUCGGAAUAGAUGUUCGGGCUGUGGUUACAUCGUAAAUGAAGCAUCCAACGCUUGUACAACUUGCAACAAAGACUCUUCAGGAUUUCAGUCUGUCUUUUUCAGCUUUGAUAUGCUGGUUGACCUCAGCGACCACACGGGCACCCUCCACUCCUGCAGUCUCACCGGCAGUGCUGCUCAGGAGACUUUGGGCUGCACGGUAAAUGAAUUUCUAGCAAUGACGGAUGAACAGAAAACAGCAUUAAAGUGGCAAUUUCUUUUGGAAAGAAGCAAAAUUUAUUUAAAAUUUGUUUGGUCACACAGAGCAAGGGGCGGAUUCAGAAUCAGUGUGCUGUCAUGUAAGCUUGCAGAUCCUGCUGAGGCGAGUAGGAACUUGUCUGGACAAGGAAAUAUUUAAAACUUCCAUUUUAAACUCUGGAAAAGUAUAAGGAGUUUUAACUCCCCUUAAAGUGGAAUAUUGUUUGAAAAUUAUGGGUAAAAUUGUCUUUUCACCAAGUGUGUUAAAAAUGUUUCUCUAUUGUUUCCUUCUGGAGUUGGCUUGGUGGAAGUCUGAGCUGGGCUCACUUCGUAGAAGGCCUUUGCACUGGCUCUGCUCCAUCUCUUCCUCAGUUGGAAAAUGUUUGCAUGAUGAAUAA